GCGCUCUGGGUCGCUCGCCAGUGAGGUCGAGUGGAGCGCGCCCGUGGCUCCCGAGCAUGGCGUGCUCCUUGCCUCCCUGCGUGGUGGACUGUGGCACCGGGUAUACCAAACUUGGCUACGCAGGCAACACUGAACCACAGUUCAUUAUACCUUCAUGUAUUGCCAUCAGAGAGUCAGCAAAGGUUGUUGACCAAGCCCAAAGGAGAGUGUUGAGGGGAGUUGAUGAUCUUGACUUUUUCAUAGGGGAUGAAGCCAUAGAUAAACCUACGUAUGCCACAAAGUGGCCAAUAAGACAUGGUAUAAUUGAAGACUGGGAUCUUAUGGAAAGGUUCAUGGAACAAGUGAUUUUUAAAUAUCUUCGAGCAGAACCUGAGGAUCAUUAUUUUUUAAUGACAGAACCUCCAUUGAAUACACCAGAAAAUAGAGAGUAUCUUGCAGAAAUCAUGUUUGAAUCAUUUAAUGUACCAGGACUCUACAUUGCAGUUCAGGCGGUGCUGGCCUUGGCGGCAUCGUGGACAUCCCGACAGGUUGGGGAGCGCACACUAACAGGGGCAGUCAUUGACAGUGGUGAUGGAGUCACCCAUGUCAUCCCAGUGGCAGAAGGUUAUGUAAUUGGAAGCUGCAUCAAACACAUCCCAAUUGCAGGUAGAGAUAUUACAUAUUUCAUUCAACAGCUGCUAAGGGAGAGGGAGGUGGGAAUCCCUCCUGAGCAAUCACUGGAGACUGCAAAAGCCAUUAAGGAGAAAUACUGUUAUAUUUGCCCUGAUAUAGUGAAGGAAUUUGCCAAGUAUGAUGUGGAUCCCCGGAAAUGGAUCAAACAGUACACAGGUAUCAAUACAAUUAACCAGAAGAAGUUCAUUAUAGAUGUUGGUUAUGAAAGGUUCCUUGGACCUGAAAUUUUCUUUCAUCCUGAGUUUGCCAACCCAGACUUUAUGGAGUCCAUUUCUGAUGUGGUUGAUGAAGUAAUACAGAACUGCCCCAUUGAUGUACGUCGUCCACUGUAUAAGAAUGUCGUUCUUUCAGGAGGUUCGACAAUGUUCAGGGAUUUUGGACGUCGACUACAGAGAGAUUUAAAAAGAGUGGUGGAUGCCAGAUUAAAACUUAGUGAAGAGCUCAGUGGUGGCAGAAUAAAGCCUAAGCCCGUGGAGGUUCAGGUGAUAACACAUCAUAUGCAGCGCUAUGCUGUGUGGUUUGGAGGUUCAAUGCUUGCCUCAACUCCGGAGUUCUUUCAGGUUUGUCAUACCAAAAAAGACUAUGAGGAAUAUGGCCCUAGCAUUUGCCGUCACAACCCUGUCUUUGGAGUCAUGUCAUAAUGUUUGCCUUGAGACAGUCCUUCAAGAAGCAUCAUGUUGGUGAAAGUGGCCUUCAGAACCAGAGGAGACCUUGGUCCUGUAUAUACUGGCAUUUGGUGUCAUGUUCAAGGAGCGUACUUGUACCUCGCACUGCAUGAGGCACCCCAGGCCAUCUGUGAGAGUCAUUUCUGUGCUGAGUGUUUUCAUGCCCAUUUCUCAUCCUUUCUAUUCCCCCAUUUUCUCUCCUCUCCACCUGAGCUUCUAGUUGACAAAUCUCCUUCUGAAGGAAUUCAGAUGUCACUUUAAAAAUUGUUAGGAAAAGCAAUGCUAGAAAAUGGCACAAGAAGCAUUUUCCCAGGGACGAAUGUGAGGUCUAAACCCUUUUCCUCCCAGACUAUUUUUGUAAAUAAAAUGUUAUACUCUUGAAAUACAAAUCAAUGUUUAUAUUUCCUAUCAUUUUGUAUUUUAUGAUAUUUGGUACAAAAUGGCCGAUUCUAAGCACGAAUAGAUAUUGAUGUCAUGGAGUGCUGUAACAAGAAGUUUUUAAUUGUGAGGCAUGUUCUCAUAUGUUUAAUAGGCAAACAAAGUAAACAGCUAACUUUUUUGCCAUGUUUGCUAGAAAAUGAUUAUACUUUAUUUGAUGUAACGUGGAGUUUAAACACUAAACAAUAUUAUAUGAGAAUUAUUACAGAUAAUAUAUCUUUUAAUUUUCUUGUUUGAACUUUAUGGAAUUGUUUUAUAGAGAUGAUGGUUUGUUGUUGGUCAGUGUUGGAUGAAAUACUAUCUUGCACCACUGUAAUAAAAGCUAUUAGAAUCUUUACAAAUA